AUGAGAGAAGAUGAAGGAGAUCCAAUGGAUACAGAAAGCGAAGAAAUAGAGGUCUACAAAGAGCCAGCAGCUGCGGAGAUGGUCGAUUUAACAGAAGAUGAGCUAAUGAGGUACGUAAAAUUCAGGAGAACAGGGUUUAACAAGGGCGGAAUUCGAAAGUUUGUCAGCCAAGUUUUGGAGCAGACAUGCAACCCGAAUUUCUCGAUUGUGCUGAGCGGAAUAGCAAAGGUGUUUGUCUCGGAAAUGGUUGAAGAGGCAAAAGAAGUGCAGGAGCAGUGGGGAGACGCAGAAGAGCUCCUGCCCUCGCACAUACACGAAGCGUACAGGCGCCUCUGCAAGAAGCUGCCAAAUAUGAAUUGA